AGCUCCGCGGCGCAGGGAUCUGUGCUGUGCUGAGGCUGAGCUGAAUGAGAUUGAAGAAGAGUUCUUCUUGUUUUGUAGCUUCAGUUUCUCUGUUUUUACUCUAAUUCACUGAAACUGAAGAUAAACCCGGUCCAGAGGAGACAGGUCUGAGGGCAGCAGGGGGUCUGACUGAGUCUCUGCUGGUCUUCUUCGUGGAUUCUUACUGAUAUAUAUUUAAUUAAUCUGAGGAGGAGGACUGCUGCUGAGUGAGGCAGCACAGAGGGGUGGAGUCCAGUCCCACAGCCAGGUGCGGCACUUUAAUGCUUCAGGUGGAUGGUUUUCCUACUGGAGACGGUGUUAAGGCUGAUCAAUCGGCUGGCAGACUGACUGGAUCCAUGAUGGAAUUACAGACGUUACAGGAGGCCCUGAAGGUGGAGAUCCAGAUCCAUCAGAAACUGGUUGCCCAGAUGAAGCAGGACCCUCAGAACGCAGAUCUGAAGAAGCAGCUCCACGAACUACAAGCCAAGAUCACAGCGCUCAGCGAGAAGCAGAAAAAGGUGGUGGAGCAGCUGAGAAAGGAGCUCUUGGUGAAGCAGGAGCCGGAGGCCAAGCUGCAGCUGCACGUCCAAAACUCCUCCAGUAGGUGGCGACAUCAAGCCGGUCACCCUGCUGCAGAGCCAGCAGAUACCUGGAGGACUGCAGCAGACCCUGACGGUCACCCCGGUCCUCACCGCGAAGACUCUACCUCUGGUGCUGAAAGCUGCCGCAACGCCCACCCUCCCUGGCUCUGUCCUGCCACAACGCCCUCCCACUGUCGCGAUGGUCACCACAGCUAUCACCAAACCCGACUCACAGAACAUCCCCAUCAACCUGCAGAGGAGGUGAAGCAGGGGAAGCAGGGGAAGCAGGGGAAACAGGGGAAGCAGGUGAAGCAGGGGAAGCAGGCGAAGCAGGCGAAGCAGGGGAAGCAGGGGAAACAGGGGAAGCAGGUGAAGCAGGGGAAGCAGGCGAAGCAGGCGAAGCAGGGGAAGCAGGUGAAGCAGGGGAAGCAGGCGAAGCAGAAAAAGGUGGUGGAGCAGCUGAGAAAGGAGCUCUUGGUGAAGCAGGAGCCGGAGGCCAAGCUGCAGCUGCACGUCCAAACUCCUCCAGUAGGUGGCGACAUCAAGCCGGUCACCCUGCUGCAGAGCCAGCAGAUACCUGGAGGACUGCAGCAGACCCUGACGGUCACCCCGGUCCUCACCGCGAAGACUCUACCUCUGGUGCUGAAAGCUGCCGCAACGCCCACCCUCCCUGGCUCUGUCCUGCCACAACGCCCUCCCACUGUCGCGAUGGUCACCACAGCUAUCACCAAACCCGACUCACAGAACAUCCCCAUCAACCUGCAGGUGGCUAGCAAGCUGACCAAUCAGAGCUCCGAGCCCGUGCGACUCGUAUCAAAGAACGCCAUGGUGGUAAGGCCAAAACCGGCCACACCUACAAACAUCCCCAUCGCCCCGGCCCCUCCCCCUCCCAUGAUGGCCGCCCCCCAGCUGCUCCAGAGGCCGGUCAUGUUGGCCACCAAGCUGACGUCCUCGCUGUCCACGGCGGCUCCCAUCCAUCAGGUCCGCAUCGUGAACGGACAGCCGUGCAGUAAGACCGGCACCACCCCGCUGACCGGCAUCGUCAUCACCACGCCGGUCUCUGCUAGCCCCGCCCGCCUCGCCAGCCCCGCCCAGGUACCCACCCCCAUCCUCACCGCGACCCCUGUCCAGCCGAUCCAGAUCAGCAGCCUGACCAUUGAGCCCAAGAAGACUGUUAAACCAGGCGGAGGAGCCGAGCAGAAGGCCAUCGUCAUCCUCCCCUCUCCCUCCACUCCCCCGCUGUCUCCUCCUCCUCCUCCUCCUCCUCCCAGACCCAAGAGAGAGGAGAACCCGGAGAAACUGGCCUUCAUGGUGUCUCUGGGCCUCGUCACACACGACCACUUAGAGGAGAUUCAGAGUAAAAGACAGGAGAGGAAGAGGAGAACGACAGCCAACCCCGUGUACAGCGGUGCUGUGUUUGAACCCGAGAGGAAAAAGAGUGCAGUGAGUUACCUGAACAGCCCUCUGCACCAGGGGACCAGGAAGAGAGGUCGCCCACCCAAAUACAGCAGCGUCACGGAGCUGGGCAGCCUCACCCCGACCUCCCCCUCCAGCCCCGUCCAUCCCCUCCCCCUGCCCAGCCCCAGCUCUGGGGAUGGAGACAUCCAUGAGGAUUUCUGCACUGUGUGCAGACGCAGUGGCCAGUUGCUCAUGUGCGACACGUGUUCUCGUGUUUAUCACCUGGACUGCCUGGAUCCACCCCUGAAAACCAUUCCUAAAGGCAUGUGGAUCUGUCCAAAAUGCCAAGAUCAGAUCCUGAAAAAAGAAGAAGCCAUUCCCUGGCCCGGUACUCUGGCUAUUGUUCAUUCCUACAUCGCUUACAAAGAAGCUAAAGAAGAAGAGAAGCAGAAGCUGAUGAAAUGGAGUUCAGAGCUGAAGCUGGAGCGAGAGCAGCUGGAGCAGAGAGUCAAACAGCUCAGCAACUCCAUAACAAAAUGCAUGGAGACCAAAAACACCAUCCUGGCUCGUCAGAAAGAGAUGCAGAUGUCUCUGGACAAAGUCAAACACCUGAUCCGCCUCAUCCAAGCCUUCAACUUCAACAAAGCUCUGGCAGAGUCAGACGGUAAGGACAUCAUCAGUGCCAGAGUCCAGGACAGAGCCGAGGUGGCGGUCGGCUCUGACGCCGCCACAGAGGACAGCUCUGCAGAGAAGGUAAUAGACGGCAGCUCCUCGGCCGGCAGCAACGCCGCCGCCGCCGCCGCCGACAACGACAAACAAGAGGAGCGCGGCGCCACGGGGAACACCCAGACGACAGGAGGGACGGGAGCGACGGGGGGAGACAUCCAGAGCCAGGCCGUGCUAGAAGGCAGCACGGUCCCGGCGACAGAUAACAGUCCUGCUGUGGGCGCGGGGGCCGUGGUCGGGGAGGGGGCCGUAGUCGAGGGGGACACAGGGACCGGGGUCCGGGCCGAGGUUGUGGCCGAGCCCGACGCCGAGGAAACUCCGGUGGUUGACAUUCCCGCUCCCUUAGUGGUCGCGACCGUUGCCACAACCAACGGUACGACCGAGCCCGCCUGCCCCGACCACAGCCCGGCAGGAGGCCGCACCACCACCAACGCCACCACCACCAACACCACCACCAACUCUGAGAACAAGAUGGCUGCCGUCAACCCUGCAGAGACAGCGGUGGAGAAGAAACAGGAGGAGAUCAUUGACAGUGACGGCAGCAACAACAACAACAGCAAAACCUCAGAACCCUCCCAGCAUUCUUUGCCAGCUCUCGUCAGCAGUUUGGACAAUAAAAAGUAAUGCUCUGUCUCUGCGGGAACUCAAACAUAUAUAUUCAAAAAAAAGACACUGCUUGCACCGCACGGUGCCCUGAAGUUGCCAAUCUGUAUAAAUGUUGUUUGUUUGCAUUGUAUUGUCAGACUGUGUCAAUGGUAGAUAUACAGCCCAAGUCACAUGACUCUGGGGAGACGUAGGCUCCGCCCACAGAGCUGGGAACGCCUACAAACCAGUGUCAUCAUGCCAAUUAGUGAUAGACGUCAGUGGUGGGAAUGCUCAAAGGGAGAUUUAAUUCAUCAUCACACCAGUGUGUGCCUGUUAUAGUGGCCCCUGUGUUCUCUGGAGGGAGGGGAAGUGGGUCCACAUGGGUCCACAUGGGUCCACAUGGGUCCACAUGGGUCCACAUGGGUACUGAGAAAAUCGAGAACAUGGAACCAAACAUCUGUCAGGGGUUACUCGUCUAAGAAGCAGUGUUGUGAUAGAGUAUGCAUACUGAAAAGAGAGCCUGUUCACAGCCUCGUCCGAAUGAACUGAACCUGAACAACCUUCACCUUCUGCAAACCCACCACCCUGAACCCCAAACCCCUGAACCCCAAACCCCUGAACCCCAAACCCCUGAACCCCUGAACCCCCCGUCCCCGUACCUUUGAAACCAACAACAGCCUCCAUUCAUGCUGUUCUCUCUCCAGUCCUCCGAUGUGACCGUUCUCUUAAAGAAGGAUCAGAAUGCUUCAGACUGGUUCAGAGUCGAGUGCUGAGUCGAGAGACGGGAGAUAAAAGAAGACAGGAGCCAAACAAAAACUGAACUCUUCAAAUCUAAAAUAUUUGACUUUGAUUUUUCACUUUAUCUUGUCCUGUCACUAAACCCAAAUUGGUCUGACCCAGUCCGACCCCGGGGUUCUUAAUAGUGACGGGGUUAGCAGAGCACACUCUGGUCGGCCUCCUCUCCAGGACAAUCAUGGUGUUGAACCUGGUUAUCCAUAAUCUCAGGUUCCAGUCUCUGUUUGGCUUCACACUCCAAACAAAUGUUUCUAACGUCCAAUCAGACGACGACUCGUAUCAACUACAAUCAUUCCCUCUGAUCGACCAAUCACAGCGCUCUGUGAGUAUCAGACAAAACCCCAAUCUGUCACAGUCCGCUCAAGUUCUGACAUCCAGCAGGUAGAUGCUUUUAAACCAACAUCCAGACUUCCACCUUCACCUUAAAGUCAGCUCAUGUCAUCGUUAGUGGGCCUCCCUUAAAGGACUUAAACCCAAACCGACCCUCCACAUGACACCUCUAAACUAUCCCCCCUUACACCAAUAAUCCAAUCCAACAUUUUCUGAAACCUCCCAAAAAAAUUCAGCCAAUCAGCUCCUGAGGAUCUUGACCCUUUCCAACGAAUAGACCAAUGAUCAAGCAGAUCUCACCAACCGGUCUCCAGAGUCCUUCUCCAACCCAAACAGAACUUGUUGGUCAAACUGAGGAGCUGACCUUCUCCCAGUAAACCAGAGACCAGCUGAGUCCCCAUCCUCUGGUCCUUGGUAGUGGCAGUACCUUUCCCCAGUAAGUCACCUUACCGAUCACAUCCUUUCCAAAGUCCCCCAAAAGACCUAACGUGUUCCCCUCAUCAGGAGAGUGUUCAGCAGGUUCAUCAGUCUAUAGGUCAGUAAGGGUGUGAGGUUUCAGGCCCUGUUUAACAAUCUCACAAGGCAUUGGGUCACGUCCCAGACUUUCGAAUCCUCCUGCCCCUGUUCACCUAUAAUCCAGUUCACUCUACCAGCCAGUCUACCUUCUCCAACAUAAAGCCCCAGUUAACUUCUGACCUGAGGGAAUCUGAUGCUUUUAAACCAAUCCCUAUCAUCCCGUCACCCAACGAUAAGACCACAUUCCCCUUCUGACUUCCUCCGGACCAGUAGCUGUACCUUUGUCCUCGUGACCCCCGUCCAAACGCCUCAUGAAUCCAGUUUGUCCCCCUCCCCACAGAGAAAGGGUUCAGCAGGCUUCAAGUAUUCAAGUUUGUGAGAGUACAGGUUUCCAUAAACGUCCAGCACCCUGUGAGUCUGGCCUUUCCAUAGUAACUUAAAAACCUGCCCUCCUCAGUGUGCCAAAAACCCAAUGUGACUUAUAGGGUCCCUAAAAACCCUAACCCCAUGAUCUGAGGACUCCCAAGUCUACAAAUGACCAAACGUCCCCCAUCCAGUAAUCCCAGUUAUUCUCAGACCAGCACUUCAGUUGAAGCAUUCUGACCCCUUUAACCGGUCUCCUUAAGACCCCAUCAAAAUAAGAUAGAUCUCAUUCUCCCCUCCUCUUGACCAAGGACCUGUUUCUGGUCCUUUUGACAGUCUGACAAGAACUUUUAAUGAAGGGUCUAAUGAUAUAAACCUAAGCCUUCAGUCCACAGACACCUUAAAGCAAGUGUCCCUAACCCCCCAUCAGACUUCAACGUCCCCUCAUCUUUGGACCAACAGCAGAACCGUUCCCCUGAAGGCUUGAACCCAAAAGUACCUUCUCCAGUUGGCCAACAGUCCAACGUGUCCUCCCUCUGGAACCCAAAAGAUCUGACGACUCCAACCAAUGAUUUACACUCCCAGUAACCUCCUCCCUCCCUCCCUCCCCCUCACUUCCUGUCCCCCCGUCUCCUCCUCCCUCCCCCUCACUUCCUGUCCCCCCCGUCUCCUCCUCCCCCCUCAGGCAGAAGGACGCUGAGCGGUGCGUUCAGCGGGUACGAAGGACGAGGACGAACAGGCACGGUAGCCUAACAGAUGUUUCAGUGGUGUUGGUCAAAGUGUAGUGAUUGAGUUUUCAUUCGUGAGUCAAGUGUGUCAACUGUGAGCACUAAAUGUGAAGUUGCAAUAUUGCAAUGUCAACACACACAAACUAUAUCUGGGCUGUGUUUCUUUUUAUAGGAAAAGAUAUUCAGGUCUUCCUAGUCUUCAGAAUAAGUGCUUUCUGUUCCUGAACCUGCUGGACCGGCAUUAUCAACACAAAAAGGACUCCUCUUUUUGAAGUGGUGAUCUUUGCAUUAUGUACAUUUCUGUUGAAUCCUGAACUGCCAAAAUGAUGUUGUAUCCAAAUUCAGCAGGGACAAGUCCACUUACUGUAUUGAAAGAUCAAAUCAUUGGCGUUGUAAGAUAUAGAUGCUACCAUUUCAGAAAUUGGAAGUUCCCAGAUGGAGGCAGGAGAGCUCAUUAAACAAUAACGGGGAAGGAACUUUUUAUUUUCCUUGAAAUGGAGGGAUUUGUUGUUUGAACCUUCAGACGGAUCUCAAAGGACGAUCCCACAAAUCCUGAGAUUAAAGCACAAGCUUGCUGCAUUACAAAGAAGUGCUGAAGAGCUUUUUGUAUGUUAAUAUGGAAUUAAACAGAGUAUGCAUCUC